GGGUUAUUCGCGUUGAAAGAGAUUUCGAAGGCUGUUCGCACCUACGUGAACUCUCAUAUGCAAUUGUCAAAAUGUGCGUGAUGACAAAAGCAAAAAUAUUUCCUUCCUUCUUUUUCGCAUGCAAAAACCAAACAAAUAUCAGCAACACCGUCAACGCGAAUAGUGUACAGCUAAAAUUUGUGUCUACCUAAUCCCUUUUUUCUUGUUCUAAUCCUUUUAUCUUUGUUUUUCAAUAAUUCUCGUAUUCAGCUCAGUUAUUAGCAAGGUUGCCACUAGGCUAGAAAAAUCUAAAUUUGCCAUAUUCCCGAUCGCGCGCCAGGCUGUUUUAUUAAUAUUUUGUCUGAUUUUAUUCGAAUCUUGUCGGCAACCCUGAUUAGUGGAAGGACACGAAAGAAACGCAUCAGGAAUCUUUCCCGUCCAUUGUAGAAUCACGCAGUUUUUGUAUAGUGAUCGUGCUUCUCGGGAUCAUCAUGGCAACGGAACGGCACAUUAACGACCUUCCAUCGGAAAUGGUUGGAAGAAUUCUGGAUUAUCUGUCCUUUGGCGAACGGAAAGUGGCUGCUCUGGUCUGUCAACGGUGGAACGAGGAGGUAUUUUCGACGUGCUUUCUUGAUCGUGUCCUAUUUCGAGUGUUCCCUGAUCAGUCUGCAGUUGUUUGCAAGAGCGUUCGAAUCUAUCGGCAUAUGCAGUUCUGUAAAAUGAUCAGAAGAGAUUGGUCCGCGAUAUUGUCGGUGCUUGAUAAGUUCGGGCCUCAGCUGUAUAGUCUACAUGUUAAUUUCUACACAACACCGCAGCUUUGGGAACUUUACCGGAGGACGCAACAUUUGAAGCAGCUGACACUGGAAGUGUCCUGCAAGGAAUUAAUUUUUGAAGAAGAGUUUUUGCCGAGAUGGGAUGAUGUGGAAGAGUUUACCUUAAAUUAUAACACAUCAGAUGAAAUGGGGAUCGAGUUUCAAUUUCUAACACCAAAUAUAUCUAGACUAACCAUGGAAUGGCGCUCUGAGAGUUUUCUCGGAGAAUCACUUGACGUGUUGCAAAGAUAUGCACGAAAGCUAACAUAUCUUGAUUUGGGCGAAAUAAAACCCGGGUAUGACGAACUUGACGAAGAUAGCUUGCAGCAGUUCUUUUCGGUUGCCACUGAGCUCCAAACAGCGUUGAUACGUUUUCAAAUAUCUCCUCAAAUAUUCAAAACUAUUGCUAAAAGUUGUAAGCACCUGAGAAUGUUAUUUUUCUGUACUGAUCUACUGAAGACGAGUGAUCUUUCCGUUCUGGAUGAACUAACUGAACUUAAGGUUCUUCGAAUACGAAGCAAGGAAUUAUUACAAAUCGCAAAAGUUUCGCACAAGCCUCUGCCGAAUGUCGACACACUUUGCCUACAGCUGGAUCACAACCCGAGUAUCUCUGCAAUCGAAUAUUUAGGAAAACGACUGCCAAACAUCCAUACGCUCAAAGUUAUGAUAGGUAGCAGCAGGUUUAGCAUGGGCGUAGAUGUUCUAAACCAAAUCUGUUACAGCUUCCGACGACUGAAAACUCUCACGGUAAACGAUCGUUCCUACCUUAACCCUCUACCGAUGGAAGGUUUCAAUCAACUGCGGCAUCUGCACCGUUUGGAAGAACUUAAUCUAACUAACGUUGAGUUAUCGAUUUCGAAACUACCCACCACAAAUAUUCGACGACUGCGACUCAACAGAUGUAAGUUCGAAACCAACCAGUGGGCAAACUUGGCGAAAGUCAUGCCUUGCUUGCAAUAUCUCGGAUUUCGAGAGAGUGGCUUCGUGAAGGGGCACCUUUCAGCAGCAGCACUAGCACUACCCAACUGUACGGUAGAGAUGUGUGAUUAUUAUUUGUAUCGGAAAGUGAUGCGUAUUUUCUUUUUGGAAAUUUAAACGAGAUCAUUCCUGGAACUGGACCUCAUAUGAACAGUAUACUAAUAACUUUAUAAUUCAAAAUGCAUUCAUUAUUAAAAUUAGU